UUUAGCAUUGGAAGAGUUCAAAGAGAGUUGAUCCUAAGAAAACCCUCUCUCUCCCUCUUUCCCUCCUUUCUCCAAACCCUCUUCUGGUCCCCUCCUCCUUCUCCUCCUCCUCGCACCUACUUUUGCCCCAAUUCACUCCUUCUUCAUCCAGCUUGGACUUCCAGGGCUCAUGGGCACACGAACCCAGCAACCCUGCCAUGACGACGACGACGACGACCUCCCAGGCGGCCCUGGCCCUGCUGCCACCACAAUUUCAGGUCAGUCCGUUUCCAUGAGUGGUAGUGUCGGUUCUCCUUCUAACCGAAGCGAGCAAACCAUGGCGACGCCUGCUAGCGACAACACUUUUCUUCGAUUGAACAACCUCGACAUCCAUGGCGAUGAGGCGGGCUCGCAACCACCUACUGCUAACGUGAAGAAAAAGAGGGGUCAGCGUGCUGUUGGAGGGGACAAGAGUGGAAGAGGGCUUCGCCAAUUUAGCAUGAAAGUUUGUGAGAAAGUGGAGAGUAAGGGAAGAACGACCUACAACGAGGUAGCAGACGAACUUGUUGCAGAGUUUGCUGAUCCUGGCAACAGUCUUGCGACACCGGAUCAGCAACAGUACGAUGAAAAAAACAUCAGGCGAAGGGUGUAUGACGCGCUGAAUGUUCUCAUGGCAAUGGAUAUCAUAUCAAAAGAUAAAAAAGAGAUACAAUGGAAGGGUCUGCCACGUACAAGCCUGAACGAUAUCGAAGAACUAAAGGCAGAGCGUCUUGGACUUAGAAAUAGGAUUGAAAAGAAAGCGGCGUACUUGCAAGAGCUGGAGGAGCAGUAUGUAGGCCUUCAGAACCUAAUUCAGCGAAACGAACAGUUAUUCAGUUCUGAGAAUGCACCCAGUGGUGGCGUGUCUUUACCUUUCAUCCUGGUGCAGACAAGGCCUCAUGCAACUGUUGAGAUAGAAAUAUCAGAAGAUAUGCAGCUGGUGCACUUUGACUUCAACAGUACUCCGUUUGAGCUCCACGAUGACAAUUACGUUUUGAAGGCGAUGAAAUUUUGCGACAGACCGCAAUGCGACAACACGGCGCAAAAUUUCGCUCCUGAUGCAGGGGAGGGUUCUAGCAUGUCAGGCAUGUAUCAACCACCCCAGAUCCCUCUUCCUUCAAUGUCUAACACGCCCGUUAGAACUCCAACCUCGCCACCACUUCCUGGAAUUAUAAAAGCUCGUGUUAAACACGAGCAUUGACUGGUUAGAUCGAGCUUGCGUGUCUUUUAUGUGCAUUAUAAUCUUCGCAUGAUUGUAUAUUCUGCUUGUUCGGACUGCUGGCGUGGCCUUCGUGAUUAUUAUCGUGGCACGUAGGAUGAUAGUACACCACAUCAAAGCGUAUGCUUAUGCAAUCAAAUUCAUUUAACUUGAAACUGAUUUAAGUUGUGUCGGGUGGCUUAGGUUAAUUCUUUGCUUCUGAUGAUUUUCUUUAACUUUUUUACUGUAUUCGAUUAGUCACUUAAUGUUGUUCAUCUUCUUAUUAGAAGUAUAGAUUUGCGAUGUAUUAGGAUUAUGGAGGGUUGGAUUAAACUACACUGUUUUACUGAAUGAGUUAAAACAAUGCUGAGAAUCUGUUUACUUUGUAUAGAAUUGUUCAUCUUCUGGAGGUGAA